ACAAUCUACCGUCUGCCAUCUCAGCUUGGAAGUGAACCGACGCAACGGAACAUUCGCUCCACGGCCACACCCCAACGAACGCCCCGGAUCUACGAGUCGAACAAGGCCAGCCAGCCAAUCCACCUCGUUUAGCCUCCCACCGCAAUGGCGCGCCUCUUUGCCUUUGACGCCGGUCUCUGGGACCCCUCACACCGGUUCCAGACGUCGUGGCUCGUGUCGCCCUACGUUCUAGGCGCCGUUCGUUUGUUCAUUUCUCUCUACGCCUUCACGACUCUCCUCUUCAACAUCGGCUACGCAUGCGUUAAUGCUUCACAUGGCGGGUGUGAAACAGCGCGCAAUAGCUUCUCCUACUUCACAGUUCUAUCCUACUGGGGCGUAGCCUUCUACUUCCUAGUGGCAGCGGUGCACACCCUCAUCUAUGCGCGCCGCGGCUCUGCGCCCCUAGAUAACUGGCCACGAUCGCUGCAAUUUCUGCACAGUCUACUAUACGGCAGCAUAACGACGUUUCCCAUCCUCGUUGUCAUCGUCUUCUGGGCCCUGCUCUCUGCCCCCACAACCUUGUCGACAACAUACUCGGCGUGGAGCAAUAUCUCUGAGCAUGCGCUGAACGGCGCCCUCGCGCUCUUCGAAAUUAUCAUCCCACGCACGCGACCCACGCCUUGGUCCCACUUGCCAUUCCUGAUUCUGCUACUCGCGCUUUAUCUAGCGCUGGCCUACCUGACGCAGGCUACUAAGGGCUUCUACACAUAUCCUUUCCUCGAUCCCUCUCUGCAGGGUGCCUUAGUCGCAGCCUACGUCUUCGGCAUCGCCAUCGGCAUCUGUAUCAUCUUCGCCGUCGUGUGGGGAAUCACCUGGCUGCGUCGCUGGAUCACCGAGAAUAAGCUCGGGCUCGAUGGCGUCUUCGCGCAUGCCAGCGCCGUUGCACGAACCGACGAACAAGACGCGAGGAGGAGCUGGGUCCACAAGGAUGUGAACGGAAAUGAGAAUGGGCAUGGAAUGACUGAGAUUAAUCCCGCCGUAUAGAUAUGUGGAUAAGGAGGGGAGGAAUGCAUAUAAUAAAAAGGAGAAGAAGAAAAGAAAGAAAGAACAGAGGAAAUAAAAGAGAAUGAGAGUCUAAAAGUGUGUAUGAAGGGGGCAUGCAAUGUCCACUACAUCAUUAAGAUUCUGAUUCAUACCUAAUGAUACCCUACCUACAGUAGAUAGAUACCCAGUGUUUGGACGAAAUUGGAUGAAUGAGAACUUGCGCUCAUGUCAGCGAUUCAUAUGGAAGCCAUG